CCUCACUCUCUCCGCUGUCUUCUCAACCAAGCCACCCCCAACCAGACCGUAAAACCACUGUCGUUUCGUCUUCUAACAUGGCAACCAUGGCGUCUUCACUUUCUCUCUCCACCUCCAAGCCUCAAAAGCAUUCUCUUUUCAACUCCUGUUUUCAUGGCACACCCAUUAAUACCACUCUUUCUCUUAACUUGAAACCUAAAGCGACUCCGGCCGCCGGUCUCUCCGUCUCCGCUUCGUCUUCUCCGCCGUACGAUCUCUGCACCUUUAAAUUCGAGCCCAUCAGGGAGUCGAUCGUGUCUAGGGAGAUGACCCGCCGGUACAUGAUGGACAUGAUCAGCCAUGCAGAUACCGAUGUCGUCAUAGUCGGUGCCGGUUCUGCUGGUCUCUCGUGCGCCUACGAACUUAGCAAGAACCCGUCGGUUCAAGUCGCCAUUAUCGAGCAGUCUGUUAGUCCCGGCGGUGGUGCCUGGCUCGGUGGCCAACUCUUCUCUGCCAUGGUAGUGAGAAAACCAGCUCAUCACUUCCUUGAUGAGCUUGGCGUAGAGUACGAUGAGCAGGACAACUAUGUGGUGAUCAAGCACGCCGCACUCUUCACCUCCACCAUCAUGAGCAAGAUUCUGGCUCGUCCCAACGUGAAGCUCUUCAAUGCUGUGGCUGCAGAGGACUUGAUAGUCAAGGGAGGCAGAGUAGGCGGUGUGGUGACCAACUGGGCUCUGGUCUCUAUGAACCAUGACACACAGUCAUGUAUGGACCCUAAUGUAAUGGAAGCCAAGGUUGUGGUGAGCUCUUGUGGGCAUGAUGGACCAUUUGGUGCCACUGGUGUCAAGAGGUUGAAAAGCAUUGGGAUGAUCGAUAACGUGCCGGGAAUGAAAGCUUUGGAUAUGAACGUAGCUGAGGAUGCUAUUGUGAGAUUGACAAGGGAGAUUGUUCCUGGAAUGAUUGUCACUGGCAUGGAGGUUGCUGAGAUUGAUGGUGCUCCAAGAAUGGGACCAACAUUUGGAGCCAUGAUGAUAUCAGGACAGAAGGCAGCACAUCUUGCAUUGAAAUCACUUGGAUUACCGAAUGCAGUGGAUGGAACAUACGCAGGCGGUCUUCAUCCCGAGCUUGUCUUGGCUGCUGGUGAAUCAGCUGAGACUGCUGAGGCUUGAAGAUAAGAAGUAGGAAGAGAUGAAAAUCGUCGAAUGUAAUUGAGAAAGAUAAGAAUAAUAAUAUUGGUUUGGUGUGAUCGAGCAGUGUGGUAGGUUCUGUGAACAGACUUCUUUUGUUUCUUUUCCAUGUUGAAGUUUUCUUCAUGUGGAGUGGACUGAAUCUUUGUUAAAAGUUUUAAGAAUGUUAUUGUCUUUUUAUAUUUCUUGUGAUGGAUAGUGCAGACAUGAAACAAUGCCCUUCUUGGUGCUUCGA